AUGGAAGGAUCCAAUGAUUUGUUCAUAGGCAGCUGUAGUAACACAGGAGACCCAGACACAAAUGAUUCAGUUUUUCAGCAUCUAACCUGCAUGGAUUCCAAGGAUCCAUUUUUUGGACAGAGUGGCUCUCCCGCAGCUUUGGCCAUUGCAGUACGUCCCUCGGGCAGUUCCUCAUCAUCGGCUGCGCCUGCGCAGCCACCCCAGCCGCAGCCUCACUCUGCAGAGGGUUCCCAGCCAGUAGACCAAACCGGGCAGCCUCUCUACGAACUGCAGCCCCUAGGAGGGCCCAGUGCGCAGAUGAUGAUUGUUGCCAGCCAGUCAGAGAAUGGACAGGUUCUGCAUGUCAUCCCUUCUGCUCAGCCAGGAAUGGCCCAGGUGAUUAUUCCCCAAGGUCAGCUUCUGGAUGUGACCAGCACGCAGGCUGUUUCGGAAGAGAAGUGUGGUGAUGGGAACUUGCAGACUGUGGCGGUGGCUGCAAUAGCAGACAGUGCAAGCAGUUACAUUCUGCAUCCACAGGCAUCUCUCACCAUAUCGAAAAAACCCACCACCAGGCUAACGGAAGAUCCCUUUCCCAUCCCUCUCCAGCCGCUGCUGCCAAAUACGCCUGCAUGGGCGCGCCGUCUCAGGAACUGUGAGAAAAUUGGGGACUCGUACCGCGGCUAUUGCGUGAGCGAGACAGAGUUAGAGAGCGUUCUAACGCUACACAAGCAGCAAACACAAAGUGUGUGGGGGACGCGCCAGUCUCCAAGCCCAGCCAAACCCGCCACACGGUUGAUGUGGAAAUCUCAGUAUGUCCCAUAUGAUGGGAUCCCCUUUGUCAAUGCAGGAAGCAGAGCCAUUGUAAUGGAGUGCCAGUAUGGGCCAAGGAGGAAAGGGUUCCAGCCCAAAAAAGCAGGUGAGCAGGAAAGCACCUCUGGCCAUCUGUACAAAGCCACGUGUCCAGCGAGGAUCUAUAUUAAAAAGGUUCAAAAGUUUCCAGAAUACAGAGUUCCUACUGACCCUAAAAUUGACAGGAAAAUCAUAAGAUUGGAGCAGGAAAAAGCAUUCAACAUGCUGAAGAAGAACUUGAUAGAUGCUGGCGGUGUCCUCAGGUGGUAUAUACAGUUACCCACUCAGCAAGCCCACCAAUAUCAUGAAAUGGAAACUUCCUGCCUCCCUUCUUUACCCUCCCAUUUUUCUGUGUCUUCUCCUGAGGAGGAGGAGGAGGUUGUUAAAGAUGAGAACUGUGCUCUGCCUUCCCGGCUUCAUCCUCAAGUGGCAGACAAGAUCCGAGAACUGGUGUCUCAGGGAAUAGAGCAGGUCUAUGCAGUGAGGAAGCAACUAAGAAAGUAUGUGGAAAGAGAAUUAUUCAAGCCUGAUGAAGUGCCAGAAAGACAUAACCUGUCCUUCUUCCCCACUGUGAAUGACAUCAAGAACCACAUUCAUGAAGUACAGAAGUCCCUGAGGAACGGUGAGGUGGUGUGUAAUUCUGAGAGUAUCCCAGCAACGCUGCAGUGGACCACAGACAGUGGGAGUGUUCUCACAGAAACAGUGACUGUUACGUUUGCCUCACCACCUUCAGAUGGGAGCUCAGCAGGGGAGCCAGUCGUCACCAAAUCGGAAUCCAACCAGAGUGGGGAGUCCUUGCUACCAGAAACAGCUCAGCUGUUGUCUUCAUUGUCAUCACUUCAGCCCAAGAUAUUUGCUCAACUUCAGGGAUUACAGCUGCAGUCAACUUUUACGUCCUCAAAUGGAUCAGCAGCCCUGAUAGCUGUUAACAACCAUUCCCCUCCCAGCCCUGCAAAUCUCUUGGAUUCCAUAGGGAGCGCAAUAACCAACCAUCCUCUAGUACUUAGUCAGGGACACAGCCUGCAAGCAGCUGCUGGCCUAACACAGCAAAGCGCUGCUGCCUCUGCCCUUGGGAACCCACCCGGCUCUGAUCACAGCCUGGUCACCGUGGGCCAGUUGGUAGCAGUUGAAGGGGUAGAUGACUCCAGAAGCCUAGAAGGAGUAGUCCAUCAGAUUCUCUUGGGAGAUGUACACACUAUUCCAGUACGGAUUGUGGACAGCCAUCCAGCACUGGCUGAAGAAAAUACAGAAGAUGCUGUCUGUGUGAGCCAACUUAAACAAGAGCCAAGAGAAACAGCAUUGUCUGUGGAGCCAGAUAAAAUAAACGACUGCCAUAACUCCUCCCCUGUUUAA